AGUCUCCAGUGAGAAGGAGAGAAAGAGUCAGAAAGAGCAAAAGAGAGAUAUGGAGUUGCAGCAACAAAUUGUAAGGGACCCUCCGUCGGGAAGGGGAAGCAAACGUAUAACCCAUGUGGAUGGGACGACCCCACCUUCAUUGCCUACUAAUGAUAACAAUAAGCAUUUCGAUGAACAAGAUGAUCCUGCUUACAAGCAACCUGGCUGGAGAAAGUUUCUGGCUUUUGUUGGUCCUGGUUUCCUUGUUUCCUUGGCUUAUUUGGACCCUGGCAAUUUGGAAACUGAUCUCCAAGCUGGAGCUAAUCAUAGAUAUGAGCUAUUAUGGAUCAUCCUUAUUGGGUUGAUUUUUGCUCUAAUAAUCCAAUCCCUCGCUGCGAAUCUCGGUGUAUCAACUGGUAAACAUUUGGCUGAGCUAUGUAAGCUAGAAUAUCCAAAAUUCGUGAAAUAUUGCCUUUGGUUGCUAGCAGAGGUUGCAGUUAUUGCCGCUGAUAUUCCAGAAGUAAUUGGAACAGCCUUUGCACUCAACAUAUUACUACAUAUUCCAGUAUGGACUGGAGUUCUCAUAACUGGUUUGAGCACUCUCCUCCUACUGGGUCUACAAAGAUAUGGGGUUCGGAAGCUGGAAAUGUUGAUUGCACUACUUGUGUUUGUGAUGGCUGCAUGUUAUUUUGGGGAAUUAAGUUAUGUAAAACCAUCUGCUUCAAAGAUGUUAGAGGGAAUGUUCAUUCCCAAGCUUAGUGGCCCAGGCGCUACUGCUGAUUCCAUUGCACUAUUGGGUGCUCUUGUCAUGCCGCACAAUCUCUUUCUCCACUCUGCUCUAGUACUAUCAAGGAAGAUACCUCCAUCUGUUCGUGGCAUCAAUGAUGCAUGUCGAUUCUUUUUGAUAGAGAGCGGGUUCGCACUAUUUGUAGCAUUUCUGAUCAAUGUUGCAGUGGUUUCAGUAUCAGGAACUGUCUGCUUUGCUGACGACUUAUCCAGUGAGAAUAUUGAUCGAUGCAAUGAUCUCACACUUAAUUCUGCUUCUUUCCUUCUUAAGAAUGUGUUGGGGAAAUCAAGUUCCACAGUUUAUGCCAUUGCAUUACUAGCCUCUGGACAGAGUUCCACCAUUACUGGUACUUAUGCUGGUCAAUUUAUCAUGCAGGGGUUCUUGGACCUUAAGAUGAAGAAAUGGACGAGGAACUUGAUGACCCGGAUGAUUGCAAUUACACCUAGCUUGAUUGUCUCUAUCAUUGGCGGCUCUUCUGGAGCUGGCCGCCUGAUCAUCAUUUCUUCGAUGAUACUAUCUGUUGAGCUCCCAUUUGCUCUCAUUCCUCUUCUCAAGUUCAGUAGCAGUGCCAGCAAGAUGGGGCCACACAAGAACUCUAUCUUUAUCAUAGUGAUCUCUUGGAUCUUAGGGUUGGGCAUCAUUGGGAUUAACAUCUACUACUUGACUACAGCCUUUGUUGAUUGGCUGAUCCACAGCAAUCUACCAAAAGUUGCCAAUGUUUUUAUUGGGAUGGUUGUGUUUCCUUUCAUGGCCAUAUACAUUCUUGCCCUUAUCUACUUAGCAUUCCGGAAGGAUACAGCAGUGACAUUCAUAGAUGCAUCCAAGCUAGAUAAUAAUGUUCAAACCCAAAUGGAGAAAGGGUUCAAUGAUACUGAUGGUAUCUCUGGGUUCAAUAAUGUUGUUUACAGGGAAGAGCUUGGAGAUAUUCCACUACCAGAGUGAAUAAUAAGGAAGUUAUAUAUGAACUUGUGGUGGAAGGAUCCUUAAUUCUCCUGAAGCCACAACUGUAUAGAACUGGAAGAAAUAAGAAGGCCAUCAUCCUCUAUUUAUGUAUUCCUUUCUUUGUUUUCUGGUUGUACUUGGAAUCAAGGUUUCUAUUAAAAGGGUUGUACCAAAAAUGUAAUUUAGGCUUUGUUGUACUAUAUUAAUUAAGCAAGUUUCCAGUU